AUGGGUUGCGUUAAGUCGAAGCCUAGGGAUCGACGUGGUGUGAAAAAAUUAUCUAGAUGUGUACCGAAAAAGGAGAAGCCACAAAAGGACCUCUAUGCACCAUUCGAGCCAGAUGAAGAACUUUCCAAGGCUUAUUUCAACAAUAUCCACGCCAUACGCAGCGAGGGUUUGAAGUAUGGCAUACUCGAAGAUGAUACCGCCGAUUCCCCCAUACAACGGCUGAAUGACGUGAUUAUUGAUUCCAAAGUGAUCACAUCGUCACGUCCGACACCUUUAUGA